AUGGGUGGAGGCUGUGCAUCAUAUCCGCGAGCUCACGCUGCGCGCGCUGCAGUCGCCACAGCCAGGCGGCGAGAGCGACAUUUGAAUUCGGUUUCGCGAAAUUCGUGGUUUCUCUGCACGACAUCUACGAUGUAUCGCCGAUCAAAAUCAUGCAGGGAAGUGCCAGAACGCACGAUGACAAGAAGCGACAUAUUUAAACUUGUACAGGGUAUUCGAACUAGAAAGCACAGAGAAACAGCAGCUGCAGAUGAAUUAUCUGACAAGUCGGAAGAAUCGCGGUCGCAAGACCCUUCCAGCGAGCACCUUGAGAGUAAAGAGACGAGGAGCGGCGUGAAUGUAUGCAUAUUCCCUUGCAACAAUCCAAUCGAACACGUCAUUGCAGAAUGUUAUAGACACGUCAAACAUGGCCGGCGUUUAUCAACAGAAAAUUCGCGCUCAGCUCGGAGUGAAGAAUUAAGCUUGUCCACGUGCGAAAAUCUCUUGAGCCAGGUAGCGAAAAAAAUAGAGGAGCUGCAAAACGAGAUGAAACUUUAUCAGUCUCAUAACGAACACCUUAAGAAUCUGCAACAGCAGUACCACCAGAUGUUGAGCAAGCUCCAGAAAGACAAAGACGACUUUGAGGCACAUAAGGAAAAAGAAACAAACAAGCUCAAAAGUGAGCUUGAAGAAGAAAAGCGAAAAAUUAGGACACAGAGGCGAAGGCAAAACCUCAGCACAGUCACUAAGGCAGAAAUGAAAUCCUCUGCUUCAGCUGCUAAAGAUAAGAAUGUGAAUAAGGAAGCACAGAGCCAGAUCCAACGAAAAGUCAAUCUACUGGCGAGUGAGAAUGGGCGCCUGAAAGACAAGCUCCAAGUUGCAGACCAGGAGAAAGAUUCCUUGAAAGCUAUGGUGAAAGAACUGGAGGAGCAAAGAAUCGCUCUUCUUGAAAAGCUUGAAAAAAUGUAUGAGUUAAAGCGAUAUCCAAGCCUAAAUGAGCUGGCACUGUCACCGGCAUCACACUUUGUCAUGCCUAUGCUUAUACCUGCACCUAGUUCUCCUUUUCAGUCUGAUGGGGCACAGUUGGCAUUGGAAAGUGCACACGGAGAUAGCUUAUGCAUGGAGGCCAAGAACUGCAAGGAAACUGCAUUUGACUUUGGUAGCACACUGAACCUGAGUGGCAAACCUGCAAAAUCAAGAGAACAGACAUCCGAGCCAUCGGUUGUCAUUUCUGCUACUGCUGUCACCCGCCUCUCCCUUGACAGCACAGUAGCAACCAGUUCUUUAGGGGUUUGCAACAAGGAAAAUUACACCCCUGCAUUGCGCAGAAACGAUAGCCUUCAGAAAGAAAAGCUUGCCCACAGCCAGUCCUCCAAAACAGUAAGAUUUGCUGCAGACAUACAGACAAGUCAAAGUGAUAGCAGUGUAUUGGACAGCAUUGGCAGAACUACUGUGGUGGGCUUGCAAGGUGAACAUGUACAAAGUGCCUCAGAUGAGUCUGCAGGGCAAAGAAUGGGAGAGCUAUGCAUAAGUUACAGAGAAAUCAGUUCAGACCAGAAGCUAUGUGAAGUACCUUUGACAGAAAUGCCCGUAAAAAAUGACAACCUUUUAGAUCGUAUCUCAAAGGUGACAAAAGUUGGAUUGAUCAUGAAGGAAGUACUGACCAGCACAUCAUUCAAAAGGCCCUCAGCUGAUGUUCUCCACUGGAAUGGAGCAUCUCAGAUGAGUCUGCACUCUGAUAAGUCUAGUUCAGUAAAUAUUACCACUGAAGAUAGUAAAAAAAAUGCUAAUCAAGGUCUGCGUCUGGUUUCCAGUUUGGUCAGGGAAUGUGAAGUUGCAAGAACAGAGUGUAAUGAAGGAUCUGAAAGUGACAGAUGCACAAGUGCUGACAUUCAGGCCACAAGGUGCGACCAAACAGACUUGGAAUCCUGCCAUGGGUCUGAGCAAAGCCAGUCAUGCCGUAAUGAGGAGCAAAUUGCUGAAGGAACUGAAAAGACAUAUUGGAAACUAGUUAAAGAAUUGCAACACAAUGAACACCCUAGCAGUGAUAUCAAUGUCUCAAAAAAUGGGGAUCACUCAGAUUGGGAGUCUUAUGAAGAACCCGAGCAGGGCCCACUUGUAUGCGGUGCUCAGUGUGCAAAGGACACAGAAUGUUCAGAGGUUAAAAGUGCUGAACCUGGUAACGAAUGUGCAAGUGACAUCAGUGAAGGGGGUACUCGUCAUGGAAGCCCAAAUGCAGAGGAAGCCGGAAACAGCCUCCGUGAGAGUCUCCAGGAGCUAGGAGGCCACUGCUCCUUGCAGGCUCCAAAGGCAAUGUCGCAGUGUUUUCUCCAGGACUGCCAAGCAUCUCAUUCGGCUAAUCGUUGGAAAAGGCCAGCUGAUUUAGCCGUGGUGUCGCACCUUUGCGCAGACAGGAAGGUUAGCUCGCUUAUCAAGAAAUAUUCUCAAGUAUGCACUUCGAGUGAAGACACUAGUGCCUUGCCCAAGACCACGAGAGCACGCAAAUCUCAGUCUGCACAAAUUCAGUCAUCUAGCCUUAUGCGAGACCACAGCCUUGAUAAGCACAACAGCCGCACAUGGGCACUAGAUUCCAAUGGUCACAAGAUGUUACUCACUGUUGUGUCCAAGGAGAUAGACCCGUUUACUCAGGUCAUUAUCUACAAGUUUCAGAAUGGAGACCAAAAAGAUCUGCAUCCUGAUGGGAAAGUGGUCUAUCACUAUGCAAAGAGUCAAACUGUUCACACAGUUUACCCUUGUGGCCAGAAAGAAAUCAAAUUUGUCAAUGGUCAAGUCGAAACACACAGUGGGGAUGGAAAUGUUGAGGUGACGUACCCAGAUGGCACGGUUCGUCGAAUUUUCUCUACCGGGGAAGAAGAACAGAAGACACCAGAUGGCAUCGUGGCUCGGAGACUUAGAGAUGGCACAGAAACUAUUGACUACCCAAAUGGCCAGAAGGAGGUUCGCAGUGAACUGUACAGGAGUCGAUACUACCCAAAUGGCACUGUCAAGACAGUUUACGUUGAUGGGAAGCAAGUUACCAGGUAUCCCAAUGGACGAGUUAGAGUCAAAGAAGCUGACGGCACCGUCAGAGGCUAAUAGAAAUGAAGUGCAGCUUUUAGGUGCCCGUUCCUGCGGCGAGCGUCGGCGUCCUACCUCGUAAACGAACAAACGACCGCAGCGGGAGAUGAAAAAGUGGUGAGAGCGAAGACAGUGCGAAGAAAAGAUGUGUAGUGCCGCUCACGAGGGGCUUUGCAGCGACGAUGGCUAUGAGAUGGCACCAGAGUAGCGCACGUCAUCUGUAUAGAAACAAAGUACCAAAUGAAUGGAGAUUGUCUGCGGUGGCUGCAGUGAAUGACAUCCACAUGUCGCCCAUGUGGUUCGUCUCGCGAUCUCCCGAAUAGCAAGGCAGUUGCGCCACACUUCGUUCCAUUUGCAACAUGCCGCACGAGACAGAUUGUCUGCACCAGCCAAUAUAUCGCAAAAUGAAAUUACAUUUAGAGCUGCACUCAAAUUUCACAUUAGAGAGUACGAUAAUCAUCUCUUAAUUUUUUUAUAUACAUGAUUUUUUUAGUUCUUAUUUUUUAUGAGGUGGUGACUGUACAACAGGCAUCUAGACUGUGAGCAACUAGUUCAAUCACUAAUUCAGAAAAAGUCACACUGGAAAAGAAUGAAUGUCACGCCUUGAAUUGCGCUUCAAAGAACAUAAUAAAAAAGCGGAAUUGAAAUAUACCUAGCAGGUUGCGAAGAAAUCGACGGGACAAGCUGAGCAGGAGCCAAAAAAAAAAAAAAGAGAGUUUUGAGAAAGUGCCUUUCAAAGUUGUACCUUAGAUUUUAAGUUAUCAAAAGGUACCAGAGCUGUAGUCAUUGAUGUGCCGUCAAAUGCUGGACUUCUGGAGUGUUCUGCUUUUAGUCUAAAGGGCCUUGCCUGCCUUUCUAGAGUGCAGCUUUUAGGCGCCCAUUGCUGCAUUAGGCAUCUGAGCAACCGAGCCAAUGAGCACAGCAAAGGAUGAAAAAGUAAAUGCGUAGCACAGCAGGCGAUGAAAGCAAAUGGCGACAGCGAAGAGAGCACAAUGAGGAAAGCGGAGGAGGAGGGUGCAGCGAAACCAUAAGGCAGUGGAGGAGGUUAUGGUGAAAGUGCGAGAAAUGUAGUGCCAAGCAAGACAGGCUCCGCAGUGGCGACUACUGCAAGAUGGUGCCAGAGUAGGGUGCUGUCGUCGGCUCAUCAAUAACACCAUCGAUAAGGCAUGCGACGAGUGUGUCCACCGAUGCCAUAUAUGGAAACAAAGCGUUGCAUGAGCGAAGGUCUGUCUGCAGUGGCUGCUGUGAAUCGCUCUCACACAUCACUCACACGCUGCCUCUCACGAUCUUCCGAUUAGCGAGGCAGUCGCAUCAACCAUGCUCUUCA